AGUUGAUUAUUUUGUCGAUACGAAUACAUAUAAAAAUCAUCAUAUAGCACUAUAUUUACGAAUAAUAAUAGAAUAAUAAAGUGCAUUGUUGUAUUAAGCGAUCUUAGUUUAGAAAAAAUGGUGUAGGGUACAUAAUAUAACGCACAUCAAGCAUUCUAAAGAUGUCAGACAAUGAUGUCUGCUCCGAUGGGGAGCCUUCCUACAAUGAAGAUAUUGCACCAGAAGUGGAUCUACACAGGGAUCCUCGAGUCCUAUGGCUCAAAGAUCGGAUACUCAGCUACAUUGGCAUGGAUGAUGAUGAAUUGUUCUACAACAUGAUGGAAGGUGAAAACAAAGCAUUGCUGGUGGCAUUCUUGACGGUACCAUUGAAGCAAAAUGAAUUGUCACUGGAUAAAAGAACUUUAUAUAUACAAAAAAUUAUAGUUGAUAAACUUAUUCAUGAGGAUAAGGAGUUUACUGAGUGGAGAAUCAUACCCCCACCACCACCACCACCAACGACACAAAAGAAAAAGAAAGGCAAAAAAGAUAAAGAACCGGAACCUGAGUCUCCAUCUAAAGACAAGAAAGGCAUGAAAAGUACGAAAGGUGUUAAAGGCACGAAAAGUACUAAAGAUAUUGAUGCAGAUACAGAGGAAGACCAAGGGGACAUAGAAACUGCAGCGGGGGCAGUCGGCGACAUCCCUGACAGUGAGGAUGAAAACCAAACAGAUACACAGGUUGAGAAAGAUAAGCCACUUGAACAGGAUCUGUACUCAUUCCCACCCCCGCCAGAAGAUCUAGAUCCAAAAGUGGAUGGAACAUUGGAGUAUUACACCGUUAUUAGGUCCGUGCCGCGAAUAAUCAAGUAUCCGAAACUCAUUCCCAUAUUCGGAGCUUUUACGCCCCAAGUGAUUGAACGCAAUCGUCGGUAUCUGUACUUCGUGCGGCAAACGCCCGCGGGCAUUCCUCUUGCUGAGACUGACCGACUCACAAUGAUGACCAUGUCACAGUAUAUACUAGUUGGGACUACUUCUGGAAGAGUACUGACUAGUUUGGGCCUUCAACUUCAUGAGACAUUCAUCCCAUUGUUUGAGAAGCAGUUUCGCGAGACCACAGUUGUUAGUACUGAGUCAACCCAUUCUAUGCUCUCGCGGCAGAUGUCCUACGCCGGCGACCAUCACAGCAAGGACGAAACGGCUUCGAAGGUAAAUUACCUUCGACCAUCCGACUACCGUAGAAUGUCAAAUAUCGCAAGAGGAGAAAAUGCCGAAAGAAGAAUCAAGAACAUGCGCUCAACCUCAGAAUCUGUAUUACCAAGACGGUCGUCUCGGAAGGGGGCCUCUUCUGAAUUGUUUUCUUCAUUCGAAGCCAUAACACCGCAGAGUUCGCAGAAGACUACUGCCGAAGAGGUCAUCGUCGAUAUAAAGGACCUUGUUGGCAUCGUAGACUGGACAAUAGAACAUAUAGAAGGUGAAAUCCAGCUGCCCAUGCCAAAUAUUUCGUUUCUCGAAGAACACCCCGGUCACGUGGAGUUCGAUGAUCCAGUGCUGACGGCACAGCUCAAAGAGGCCGUCAUGAUGUGGCAAACGCAUAUUGAUAGCACCAUAACCGCUUGUUUAGGGAAGACUCGUGAGGGUGAAGGACCAGUGGCCGAGUACAAGUACUGGCGAGAACGCGACGCGGAAAUCUCACUCCUAGUGGAACAGCUCAAGCAGCCGAUGGUCGUCAAGAUAAUCUCGAUGCUGCAGAGGUUAAACUCUACCUACAUGGAGGGAUUCCAACAUUACAAAGAAAAGUUGCUAGAACAGUAUAACUUAGCUGGAGACAAUCUGAAAUUCCUAUCCACUUUGAUGCGUUUCUUCACCGUAAUAGAAGACGACUCUCCACUACAACAAGUGAUUGAGGUACUCCCCGAGCUCGUCGAGAGCAUAUACAUGAUGUGGGUGCUGUCUAAAGGAUACCGCACCGACGAGACGAUGGUGCCGCUGCUGUCCAGGGUCUCGUGGGCCCUCUGUGAUAAACUCGAGAGGUUCCUCAACGUUCACAAGCUGUUUGAUAAACCAAACGAAGAGAUCCUGACGUUAUCCCGCGCCGGGCAGAAGAUAAUGGAGCUGUGGCACGACCUUUACAAGGAGACGCGGCGCCACAUCGAGCUCAGCGGCAAGGGCGCGCGCUGGGAGUUCGACCAGCCGCUGCUGUUCACGAGCACCGACUACAUCGCCACCGUCGCCCGGGACCUCGGCAACGUCGUGCAGGUACUAAUAGAUUUCGAGCGCAUAUUCGGUCUAGAACUGAAGUCGAUCAUCAGCGAUCCAACUCAGAUCGACGACGUGCGGAAGCGGGUCAAGAACCUCGUGUACCCUAUACGAACGGUCGACUUCAGCGUGUUCGUGUUCGACAACAAGGAGAACUGGGACGUGAUCAUGAACGACUUCUGGAAUGAGGUGCGCUAUUUGGAAGAGGAGGCCAAGAACUACAUCAACCAAAGUUUUGGGAAUUUACGGUCAGCGGAAGAGGCUUUAACAGUGCUGCUAAAGUUUCUCGAGUUCGACACGCGCGAGUCAAUCCGUCAGCAACUGUCCACCAAGUUUGAUCUCGUCAUGCGACAGUUCAUCAAGGAAAUCACCGCGAUAGAGGACAAGUUUACUCGAUAUCGAAAAAAUCCGCCUUUACUUCGGAACCAUCCACCUGUUGGUGGUGCCAUCUACUGGGCAAGAGCUCUCUUCAACAAAAUGAAACAACCCAUAAUUAAAUUUCAAAAGGUACCAGAGCUUAAUGACUGUGAACAAAAGAAAGAGGCCUUUCAACAAUACAAGGCGUUCUCGAAGAUCAUCAAAGAGUAUGAGGAAACGAAGUACCAGGAGUGGGUACGCGGAGCCUCCCAGGUCGUCGACAAUAUGAUGAAGCAAAACAUACUCAAGGUGGUCUUCAAGAAAGGGGAUGAGCCCUCGCCAUCUUGUGGACGCGGAAUGCAACUAACGGCAGCGGGUAAAGCGCACGUCGCCAAGAAGAAAGCGUCGCUACAAUCGCUGCGGCCCGCAGAUGUCGUCAAUAAGGAGAUCGCUGACAAACGUCGUAGGGAUAAAGCGCUGAUGCUGAUAAGAAUCCCAGGUCAACACUACGAAAACGUCAGAUCGCCGAGCUCAAUGUCUCUGUUGGCAAAAGAGGGGCUGACUGACGUAACAUGGCGCGAUUUGACCGUUCACAAGCUAAUGCAAGAAUAUGACCUAGAGUUCCAACCGAAUUUUGAUAAAGAAAUAUUUCUGGUUAUACACGAAGCAGAACUUAUGGAACAACUGGGUUUCGAACUCCCCUCCAAUAUAAGAGACGUGGCAAUGCAGAAAUCCCGACUAUACUACGAACUGGAAGCGUUAGAAGGUGUUAUAGCUAAAUACAACGCGAGCUCCGCUUCGCUGAGCCCCUCAGAAACGCACCUGAUGAAGCGCCACCUACUGGACAUGGAGCGACACAUCCUGCCGGGACUCACGCGUAUCACCUGGACCGCGCUUGGCAUCAACGACUAUAUCAAGGACAUCACUAAAGGCGAAAAUUCCCUCCAAGCGGUAUAUCAGCAGCUGAAAAUGGUAGAAAAAGAGAUCCAGUUCCUGAUCGAUCAAUUGGAACAGUUCGACUUAUUCCCCUUGGUCCGGCCGCAGAACUACGUGGACCCGGAUACUGGCCUACCUGACGAUACCUGGCUCUAUCCUUGCAAGACAUAUUUUGUAGAAGUGGAGAAUGAGCGACUGGAACGUGUGGCCACUUUGUCUCGCAUAUACGAGCGCAUCGGUCCCAUACUGAUGAAGCUUGAAUAUCUGAUCCUGGGCUCCAGUACUGGACAGUCCAACGUCAUGACUGCAUAUUAUACGUACUGGGAGAAGAAGAUAUUUAAAUGUCUAGUUAAACUGACGAUUGAGAACCUGGAACAAUUCCAACAUAUGCUCAGCGAGAAGACACCGCUGUUCCAAGUGGACGCGGCGCUGGUGCCGCCUGACAUCACUAUGCGGCCAACUGCGUCAGAGUGCUGCAAUAUACUGCAGUACAACAUUAAACACUUCCUCAACAGACUAACAGCUUUUCCACGAUGGAUGAAGAAAAGUUGCUUACCGUGCCCACCGCAGCGGAUCGCGGAAGCGACCGGUAAUGAGUACUAUGUGUUCUCAUUCUUCGAAGACGUACUGCGGGUGGUAGCCGUCAACGACCUCACGCUGCUCAUACAGGACACUAUUUACCGACUAACACAAAAUAUCAACGCGUACAUACAGAAGUGGUACAAAUACCAGCACUUAUGGGCGUUCGAUAAAAGUCUAUCGUGUGAGAAGUACAUACAGAAACACGAGCAGAUCCACAAGUACGACGAGAAGUUUUUCUUCUUCGAGGACAUCAUCGCUGAACUGGAUCACCAUGUGAAAUAUGUGGACGUUGGCGCAAUCCGAGUCAACCUCCGGACUAUCAUAAAACAGGUGCAAGACCACGCCCAAGAGUGGAAGAACACACUAGGAAAUUGUAUUGCCUCUAAAACAAGGAUAAAUAUGUACGACCUGAAAAAUCAAAUUGAGUCUCUGCGCAUGACGAUGAACAUGAACAUCAAAGGGCUGGAGGACUUCAAGCUGGUGAUGGCGACCAUCACACAGGUGCAAGCGAUGACCAUCACCGCGGAGGUUAAGUACCGCGACAUGCAGGAGACCUUCCAUAUGCUGCGGCAGCAUGGAAUCAAUGUAUCAGAAGAGGACCUUCAGUUCGCAAAAGGCCUCGAAUCCUCUUGGGGUAGUCUGUAUCAGACAUCACUUUUCCGUGGCAACACCCUCGAACAGACCAAGGAGAAAUUCUCCAAACUCAACGUGGUGGAAAUUGCAAACUUCUUGAAGGAACUCGACAAUUUUGUGGAGAAGUUCGACCUCGAAGGGCCAGCUACAGUUGGUGAUGAUAUGAACAGGGGCCUUCAGUUGAUGGAGGAAUUUGCAAAAUACUUCGACGAGCUAGAAACUCGUAAACGCAUGCUGCAAGCAGCAGAACAAUUAUUCGACAACCCGUUGGCCGAUUUCUCAAACUUCAACCGUGCCAAGAGCGACUUCCUCGCGAUGGAUCAGAUCUACAAGAUAUAUAAGGCCCAAAAGAAUGCUAGAGAACUGUGGGCUAGGACACUAUGGGUCAAUCUCAACCCACAAGCCCUAGUCGAUGGUAUAGAACAGUUCUUCAAAGAGUACAGAAAACUACCGAAAGUGGUCCGUCUUACGAACGCCGGUCUGAUGUUAGACAUGAAGAUGAAACAGUUCAAAAGUAUAGUACCGCUUAUGGUCUCGCUCAAGAAUGAGGCGAUGCGCGAGAGGCACUGGAAAGAGUUGAUGGCAAAAACCAAUCAGGACUUCGACAUGUCACCGGAUCGAUUUACAUUGGAAAAUAUGUUCGCUAUGGAACUACACAAGUAUCAGGACGUCGCUGAGGAGAUUGUAAAUCAUGCUAUUAAAGAACUGGCGAUCGAGCGUGGCGUGCGCGACGUGCAGGAGACAUGGGCAACGAUCUCUUUCAGCGUGACACGUCACUUCAACCGCGGCGAGGACCGCGGCUACACGCUCAACCCGUGCGACGAGAUCAUCGUCAAGCUCGACGACGAUGCCAUGUCGCUGCAGAGCAUGGCCGCAUCGCAAUUUAUCGGGCCAUUCCUAUCGGUGGUGCAGACGUGGGAGCGACGGCUCUCGUUAAUAUCGGAAGUGAUUGAAGAGUGGAUGGCGACGCAGCGCAAGUGGUUGUACCUAGAAGGUAUAUUCGUGGGAGGCGAUAUUCGAGUGCAGCUGCCCGACGAGGCUAAGAAGUUCGAUGACAUUGAUAAAGUUUUCAGAAAGAUUAUGUUGGACACUGCUAAGCGACUGAACGUAGUUGAUUGCUGUACUAUUAGUGGUCGACUAGAAGAAUUUAUCAAUUUGGGAUUAGGACUACAAAAAUGUCAAAAGUCACUGAAUGACUACUUGGACUCGAAACGUCGCAUAUUCCCUCGAUUCUUCUUUAUAUCGACAGAUGAACUCUUAUCCAUCCUCGGCAGCAGUGAGUGUAGUUGCGUUCAGGAACACAUGAUAAAGAUGUUCGAUAACAUACGAGCUCUCGACCUGUACGUGGACCACACCAACCGGCCCGUGGCUGCCAAAAUGAUAUCCGCAGAAGGAGAGAUAAUGGACUUUCGUCGCGUGGUGUACACGGAGGGCCGCGUGGAGGACUGGAUGAAUUUAGUCCUUACAGAAAUGCGAAACACAAACAAGUUUAUAACAAAGAAAGCUAUAUUCUAUUAUGGAAAGAACUGGAGAGUGCCCAGAACGGAAUGGAUCCUGGAGUACCAGGGUAUGGUCUGCUUGGCAGCCAACGGUGUGUGGUGGACAGCGGAAACGGAAGAGACGUUUGUGCGUAUACGCAAGGGCAACAAGCGCGCCAUGAAGGAGCAUCUGCAACAGCAGAAUGAACAGCUCGACGGACUCGUGGUCAAAGUCAGACAAGAUCUUACGUCGAACGACCGGCUUAAGUUUCGCACGAUUACGACCAUCGACGUGCACGCACGCGACAUCAUCGAGGGCUUCGUACGCGACAAUGUAACAGAAGCUACUGAGUUCGAGUGGGAGAGUCAGCUGCGCUUCUACUGGCUCAAGAGGGACGACAAUCUCUGGAUCCACCAGUGCACUGGUGUAUUCGAAUACGGAUACGAAUACAUGGGUCUGAAUGGUCGGCUGGUGAUCACACCUCUGACGGAUCGCAUCUACCUCACCAUCACGCAGGCGCUCACCAUGCAACUGGGCGGCGCGCCCGCUGGCCCAGCAGGCACCGGCAAAACAGAAACAACGAAAGAUCUGGCCAAAGCCCUAGGUCUACUAUGCGUGGUGACAAAUUGCGGCGAGGGUAUGGACUUCCGCGCGGUGGGCCAGAUCCUGGCGGGGCUGUGCCAGUGCGGUGCAUGGGGUUGCUUCGAUGAGUUCAACCGCAUCGACAUCUCCGUGCUGUCUGUCAUAUCAACGCAGCUGCAGUGCAUCAGGAGCGCGUUGCUCAUGAAGCUCAAACGAUUUACAUUCGAAGGUCAAGAAAUAGCGAUGGACAGCAAAGUUGGUAUAUUCAUAACAAUGAACCCCGGAUACGCGGGUCGCACCGAGCUUCCAGAGUCGGUGAAAGCACUGUUCCGGCCCGUCGUGUGCAUCCUGCCCGACCUCGAGAUGAUAUGCCAAAUUUCGCUGUUUUCCGAUGGAUUCCUCACAGCUAAGGUAUUAGCAAAGAAGAUGACAGUACUGUACAAGGUGGCGCGUGAGCAGCUAUCGAAGCAGUCGCACUACGACUGGGGACUGCGCGCACUCACCGCUGUCCUGCGUAUGGCCGGCAAGCUGCGGCGGGACUCGCCCGGCCUCAGCGAGAUCAUGGUGCUCAUGCGUGCACUCAGAGACAUGAACCACCCGAAGUUCGUGUUCGAAGAUGUACCCCUGUUUCUCGGUCUUAUCAAAGACCUGUUCCCGGGGCUGGAGUGUCCGCGCGUCGGUUAUCCAGAGUUCAACGCGGCCGUCAUUGACGUACUUGAAAAGGACGGGUACAUUGUGCUUGAUCAUCAGGUGGACAAAGUGGUACAACUGUACGAGACGAUGAUGACCCGACACUGUUCAAUGCUGGUGGGACCCACCGGCGGCGGCAAGACCGUUAUACUACAGACCCUCGUGAAGGCACAGACUGACCUGGGCCUGCCUACCAAGCUCACCGUGCUCAACCCUAAGGCAUGCUCUGUGAUAGAACUAUAUGGGAUUCUGGACCCUGUUACUAGAGAUUGGACGGAUGGCUUGUAUUCGAGGAUAUUUCGCGAAAUGAACAGACCAGCUGAAAAAGAUGAACGCCGAUACUCGCUUUUCGACGGCGACGUGGACGCCCUCUGGAUUGAGAACAUGAAUUCAGUGAUGGACGAUAAUAAACUACUGACAUUAGCAAACGGUGAACGCAUCCGACUUGCACCCUACUGCUCACUGCUAUUCGAAGUGGGUGAUCUGAACUAUGCCUCGCCAGCGACCGUCUCCAGGGCCGGCAUGGUGUUCGUCGAUCCGAAGAAUUUGGGUUACCAACCCUAUUGGGACCGCUGGCUUCGAACGCGCAGCAACGAGGCGGAACGUGAACAGCUGGCCGGUCUGUUCGAUCAUUACGUGCCUGGCGCUAUUAACUACAUAGUGUUCGGUAUGUUUGGCCUGCAGCAACAGACGCCGCUCAAAACUAUUGUACCACAAACGCCGCUGAACCUCGUCGUCCAGUUAUGUUAUAUGAUCAGCGGUUUGAUGCCAAAUAAAGAGGACAGCAAUGAAGAAAUUGAUAGUAGUGUGGUGGAAUGUGUCUUUAUGGUGUCUAUGUACAACAGUCUGGGUGCGUCCAUUAUAGACGAUGGGCGGUUCGACUUCGACAACUACAUUAAAAAAGCGUGCCCCAUGAUGCUUGUCGAGGACAACCCCGAAAAAAAGGCUACCACUAAGCACUUCCCAAUGGGUUUCCCGAGCCUGUACGACUACUGCCUAGAGCUCACGACCAAGACGUGGGAGGCUUGGGAGUGGCUCGUGCCCCAGUACAAGCACGACCGCGACAUGAAGUUCCCCGCCAUAUUAGUGCCCACUGUAGACACGCUGAGGCUUACGUGGCUCAUUAAGAUUAUGGAGAGUGUUGAAAGGCCUGUUUUACUCGUAGGCGACACGGGUACUUCCAAAACGGCUAUUAUUACGAACUACUUACGUGGCCUCCCUGCUGAUAAAUACUUAGUCCAACAAAUGAACUUCUCGUCGCGAACCUCAUCGAUGGACGUGCAGCGCAACCUGGAGUCGGUGGUGGAGAAACGCACCAAGGACACAUUCGGCCCGCCCGUCGGCAAGAAGAUGCUCGUGUUUAUUGACGACAUGAACAUGCCCAUUGUUGACACAUAUGGCACACAACAACCGGUUGCUCUUUUGAAGUUGCUUUUCGAGAGAAAGGGCUUCUACGAUAGAGGGAAAGAUCUCACGUGGAAGAAUCUGAAGGACAUUGGUUUCCUUGCCGCCAUGGGAAAGGCUGGCGGCGGGAGAAAUGACGUGGAUCCUCGAUUCAUAUCAAUGUUCUCUGUGUACAACCUUCAAUUUCCAUCGGAGGCAACACUACGGCAUAUCUACGUCUCGAUCUUAACCGGCCACUUCAGCAUAUUCCCCGAAGAGAUACAGAAUAUUGUCGAGAAAAUAGUGCAGAUGACGCUCGACCUGUACAAAAUAAUAAUAAUGGAGUUACCACCGACACCAGCCAAGUUCCACUACAUCUUCAAUCUUCGCGACCUGUCACGUAUAGCAGCCGGCAUGUGCCUCACGCAUCCGAACUUCUUUAGCGAGAAACGGGCGGUAGUACGUUGCUGGCGGAACGAGUUCAUACGUGUCAUUUGCGACCGUCUCAUCAGCACGCAGGACAACGAACUGAUGCGUGGCCAUAUACAAGAGCACGUGAUAAAAUAUUUCCCGGAGGAGGAGCCCGUCGUACUUGAAGAGAUCGUUAUCCCCGAGGAGGAGGAGAAACCUACAGAAGAAGAGGAGGACGAUUUUAUGAUAGAACCAAAGGCAAAGCCAGCUGAGACUGUGGAACCAGAAACCACUAUUGAGGAGGAGCAAGAGACGGUAGUGGAACGAGAACUUACUCUUGAAGAAUACGUCAUCCGCGACCCAUUGCUGUUCGGCGACUAUCGGAACGCACUCGACGAGGAAGAGAUUCGAUACUACGAGGACUUGCUCGACUACGAAGCUGUCUACUUCCUUUUCCAAGAGAUCCUGGAUGAGUACAACGAGCGCAUAAGCAAGAUGUCUGUGGUGCUGUUCGAGGACUGCCUCGAGCAUCUGACGCGGCUGCAGCGCAUCCUGCGCAUGGACCGCGGUAACGCCAUGAUCAUCGGUGUCGGCGGCUCCGGGAAGAAGUCCAUAUGUCGCCUAGCUGCCUUCGCUGCCGGCUGCGAUGUGUUCGAGAUAACGGUGACCCGCAACUACAACGAGAACACGUUCAAGGAUGACAUGAAGCGGAUGUACAACCAGCUCGGCGUCGACGGCAAGAAGACCGUGUUCCUCUUCACUGCCGCACAGAUCCUGGAGGAGAGCUUCCUGGAAUUCAUCAAUAACAUCCUUAUGAUCGGUAUGAUUCCGGCGCUGUUCAGUGAUGAUGAAAAGGACGCGAUCAUCAACGCAGUCCGCAACGAAAGUAACGAAGCUGGAUAUGGGGUUGCCAAAGAUGCAGUUUGGAACUUUUUUUGCAACAAAUGUGCUGACAAUCUUCACGUGGUGCUGUCAAUGUCACCCAGCGGUGACAUACUACGAAAUAGGUGUCGCAGUUUCCCCGGCCUUGUUAACAAUACCACUAUCGACUGGCAGUUUCCGUGGCCAAAGCAAGCGCUUCUUGCUGUCGCUAACGUGUUCCUCGCUGAUGUUCAGAAAAUCCCGGAUGAGUUCCGUCCGAUAAUAGUGGAGCACGUGGUGCACGUGCACAUGUCGGUGGCGCGGUACUCGGUCGAGUUCCUGCUGCGCCUGCGCAGGAACAACUAUGUGACGCCCAAACACUACAUGGACUAUCUCACCAACUACAUCGUGCUGCUCAAUGAGAAGGACGCCUUCAUCGUCGCACAGUGCGAACGUCUUAAGGGAGGGUUAGCCAAGAUCGAGGAAGCAAACGUACAAUUAGAAGACCUAAACGCGAAACUCGCCGUCCAGAAAGUCAUAGUCGCCGAGCAGACCAAGGAGUGCGAGAUACUACUAAAGGAGAUUUCUACAGCCACGGAGGCGGCAGUGGGCAAACAGCAGGUGGCCGCUAUCAAAUCCGCCGAGAUCACAGAGCAGAGCGUUGUCAUAGCCGCAGAAAAAUCGGAAGCGGAAGAAGCGCUGUCCGCAGCGAUGCCAGCGCUUGAAGCAGCCAGACUGGCGCUCGCUGAUCUCGACAAAAACGAUAUCACUGAAAUAAGAUCGUUUGCUACCCCACCGGAAGCCGUGCAGGUGGUCUGCGAAUGUGUGGUAAUUAUCCGCGGGAUAAAGGACGUGAGCUGGAAGGGCGCGAAGGGCAUGAUGGCAGACCCUAACUUCUUACGCAACCUGCAAGAGAUGAACUGCGAUCUAAUCACACAAAACCAAGUGAAAGCAGUGAAGGCACAUAUGAAGAAGAGCAAGAAAUUGGACACUAUGCAGCAGAUCAGUAAAGCUGGAUACGGCUUACUAAAAUUCGUAACAGCUGUUCUUGAUUACUGCGCUGUCUACAAAGAAGUGAAACCAAAGAAAGAUAAAGUGGAAACCCUCGAGAAGGAAUACACCGAAGCAGUCAACUAUCUAGCUUCGUUGAACCGCGAAAUUGAUCGGCUGCAACGCACGCUCGAUGGUUUGAACAAUAGAUACGAGACGGCAAUGCUGCGACGUCAGGAGUUGCAGGAAGAAACGGAUAUCAUGAUGAGGCGAUUGGUGGCCGCUGACAAACUAAUGUCAGGGUUGUCCAGCGAACAGAAACGGUGGACUAUAGACUUAGCUGCUUUGUACGUGGAACAGUCUAGACUGAUCGGCAACUGCCUACUCGCCGCGUCGUUCUUGAGCUAUGCAGGACCAUUCUCGUUUUCGUUUCGGCAAACUAUGAUAUACGAGGAUUGGUUGGGUGACGUCACAGAAAGAGGUAUCCCGUUAACAACGCCGUUCACCAUCGAGAAGAAUCUUACCAACGAAGUUGAAAUUAGUGGGUGGAGCUCUGAAGGCCUGCCACCCGACGAAUUGUCGGUACAGAACGGCAUACUGACUAUUCGCGCCUCUCGUUUCCCUCUGUGUAUCGAUCCUCAGACGCAAGCCCUCACAUGGAUCAAAAAGAAGGAAGCCAAGAAUAACCUCAAGGUGUUAUCAUUCAACGACCCACAAUUCCUGCGUCAAUUAGAGAUGGCCAUCAAGUACGGUAUGCCGGUGCUCUUCCAGGAUGUAAACGAGUACAUCGACCCUGUGGUCGACAACGUGUUAGAAAAAAAUAUAAAAGUGGAAAGUGGUCGCACAUUCGUAAUGCUGGGCAGUUCAGAAGUCGAUUACGAUCCAAACUUUCGUAUGUACCUGACCACAAAACUGGCUAACCCUCAGUUCAACCCCGCCGCGUACGCGAAAGCUGUCGUUAUCAACUACACUGUCACAGUACAGGGCUUAGAAGACCAGCUCCUCAGCGUGGUAGUUCGAGCGGAGCGCGCCGACUUGGAGGAACAACGCGAGAGUUUGAUCAUCGAGACCAGCGCCAACAAGAGCCUGCUGUCCGGAUUGGAGGACUCGCUGCUACGAGAACUGGCCACCUCCACGGGUAACAUGCUCGACAAUGUGGAGCUCGUCAACACGCUAGAGAACACCAAGUCAAAAGCUGCAGAGGUAAUGGAAAAAUUGGAGCUCGCCGAAGCUACAACAAAAGACAUAGAAAUUCUACGUGACGGAUACCGGCCGGUCGCCAAACGCGGAUCCAUACUGUUCUUCGUACUAUCCGACAUGGCGGGCGUCAACAGCAUGUACCAGUACUCGCUCUCGUCCUAUUUAGAUGUAUUCUCGUUCUCGUUACGCAAAGCGAUGCCAAACGUCAUCUUGGUGAAACGUUUGAGGAAUAUCAUCGAUAUGCUCACUAAGAAUGUAUACGACUACGGGUGCACCGGUAUAUUUGAGCGUCACAAGCUUCUCUUCUCGUUCCAAAUGGAUAUAAAGUUGGAACAGAGUGAGGGUAACGUGAGCCAGGCACAGUUGGACUUCUUCAUCAAGGGUAACGUCUCGCUAGAGAAAUCGUUGCGAGCGUGUCCCGCCUCUUGGAUACCGUCGCAGGGAUGGCAAGAUAUAAUGAAAUUAAGCGUCGACUUCCCAGAGUCCUUUGGCGAGUUGCCUGAUCACAUUACCAGCAGUGUCAAUAUCUGGCAAGAGUGGUUCGACAGCGACACGCCCGAGUCCUUGGAGGUGCCAAACGGAUACCGUGAGCGGGUGCAACCGUUCGAGCUGCUGAUGUUACUGCGAUGCUUCCGCGUCGACCGCAUCUACCGCGCCAUCACAGACUACAUCACCGUUACCAUGGGCGAGGAGUACAUUACGCCGCCGGUCAUCAGUUUAGACAUGAUAGUAGAACAAACGACCCCAUACACGCCAGUGGUGUUCAUUCUGAGUCCGGGUUCAGACCCCACAGCGGACCUCAUGAAGUUGGCGGACCGAUGCGGCUUUGGCGGUGGCAAGUUCAAGUACCUCUCGCUGGGGCAAGGACAGGAAGGGGCGGCACUGGCGCUACUCGAGGGCGCUAUCUCUCACGGACAAUGGCUGAUACUGCAGAACUGCCAUUUACUGGUGUCGUUCCUACGCGAGUUAGAAAAACAGCUCGAGCUGAUGGAAAAGCCGCACCCUGAGUACCGGCUCUGGCUGACCACGGACCCCACGCCAACUUUCCCAAUCGGAAUAUUGCAGAAGUCGCUCAAAGUGGUGACGGAGCCCCCUAACGGACUGAAGUUGAACCUGCGAAACACAUACUUCAAGAUGCGCGCGCACGCACUUGAGGAGUGUCCGCAUCCGCAUUUCAAGAAGCUCGUAUACGUGCUCGCGUUCUUCCAUGCAGUGGUGCAGGAACGUCGCAAGUAUGACAAAAUUGGUUGGAAUAUAGCGUACGACUUCAGCGAGUCGGAUUUCGUGGUGAGCAUGCAGAUCCUGCAGUGCUACCUGGACCGCUGCGCCGCCACCAAUGGGCCGAUACCCUGGGCUACACUCAAGUACCUCUUCGGAGAGGUGAUGUACGGCGGGCGAGUGAUCGACGACUUCGACCGUCGCGUGGUGCGCACCUACAUGGACGAGUACAUGGGCGAGUUCCUGUUCGACAAGUUCCAGCCGUUCCACUUCUACCACGACGCCACGUUCGACUACGUGAUACCGCCAGAGGGCGAGCGAGACGACUAUAUCGGUUUCAUCGACACCCUGCCGUUGGCGAAUACGCCGGAGGUGUUCGGGCUACACCCCAACGCGGAGAUCGGCUACUUCAGCCAGGCGGUGCGCGAGAUGUGGGGACACCUCAUCGAGCUACAACCACAGACCAUAACAAAAUCGGAACUGAGAGAUGGUGCGUCAGGCGAAGGUAGUGGCGCGAUGAGCCGCGAGGACUUCAUCGACACGAUCGCGGUGGACGUGCUGAGCAAGCUGCCCGCGCAGUACGAGGUGUGGCGCGUGCGCAAGCAGUUCGAGAUGAACAUCACGCCCACGCUCGUCGUGCUGCUGCAGGAGCUCGAGAGGUUCAACCGGCUAAUCAGCCGCAUGCACAGCACGUUGUCGUUGCUGCGGAAGGCACUGGCCGGCGAGAUCGGCAUGGAUGCAGUAUUGGACAACGUGGCCUACAGUCUGUUCAACGGGCAGCUGCCACUCGUUUGGCGGCAGCUCGCGCCCGCCACGUGCAAGCGGCUCGGCGGAUGGAUGGACCACUUCAUUGCGCGCACCAAGCAGUACACAAACUGGGCGACGAUGGAGGAGCCGGUGGUGAUGUGGCUGUCGGGGCUGCACAUUCCGGAGUCAUACUUGAUCGCGCACGUGCAGAUCGCUUGUCGCCUCUACACCUGGCCACUCGACCGCUCCACGCAGUUCACGCGCGUCACCAAGUGGACCUCGCCCGACGAUAUCGAGGAGCGACCCGGCACCGGUUGCUACGUCCGCGGAUUGUACCUGGAAGGUGCGCGAUGGGACCUGGAGGAAGGCUGCCUGCGACGCUCGCAUCCUAAAGUCCUCGUCACAGAGCUCCCCAUUAUGUACAUCAUACCCAUCGAGUUCCACAAACUCAAACUGCAGAACACACUACGGACGCCCGUGUACACGACAUCGCAGCGGCGCAACGCGAUGGGCGUAGGGUUGGUGUUCGAGUCCGACCUGUGGACCGCGGAACACUGCAGCCACUGGAUCCUCCAGGGUGUUUGUCUCAUUAUGAACUCAGACUGAAUUAUGAUAUAGCUAAUCUGUCAAAUGUUUCGUAAUAUUAUUUGCGUAGUUUCAUUAUGAAUUCACAAUGACACUAGCAUAACGACAUCUUGCAAGAGAUCACAUAUCCCACUACUGGGGAUAAGUAUCAUAAGGAGAAGAUUCUAACUCAUUUUUGUCAUGCUGGCUAGAUAGCCUGUUAUAAGGUUUUAUUUUACUUUUCUUUGACAAGUGACAAUCAUGUGUAUUCGUUGUUAAUCUUUCCAAAUACAAAAAUUGCCUUGCAUGCUUGUCUGUGGGGUCUUCAGUUGAAAUACAUUGGGAAUUGUUUCCUUUGUGAGCAAAAAGUCACUCAUCUGAGCACUCACUUAUAUAGCAGAAUAAUUAUACAGAUUGUAAAUAACUAUUACAUUGAUUACUGGAGUAUACAUUAAUUUAAAUUUAUACUUUAGUCACAUUAAGUGUG